AUGGAACGAGACUCAAACUCCGGCAUCUCCAUCCUCAUCGUAGGCGGCGGCAUCGCCGGCUUAACCCUCGCCAUCGAGUCAUACCGCAAAGGCCACAACGUCAAAGUCAUCGAGCGUCGAGAUGAAGCCAAAGACCUAGGCGAGUUGAUCGUGAUAUCAGCACCAGCCCUCCGCACGCCCAUGAAAUCCUGGCCAGGCUUCAUGGAAAAAGCAAAAGCCCACGCCCUAGACCCCCUCGCAAACCUCUGGAAGUUCGACGGCACCCUCGUCGGCACCUGGCCCGUCGUCGCCCCGGACGUCCCCGUCCUCGUCAUCUACCGCAGCAAGCUCCACCAGGUCCUGCACGAAUACGCCGAGGGCCUCGGAAUCGUGACAAACUUCUCGCACACCGCCGUCUCGUACUUUGAGGAGGAGGGCAAGGGCGGCGUGGUUGUGGAGGACGGCCGCAGGUUGACGGCGGACGUGGUCGUCGCGGCCGACGGCGUGGGCUCGAGGUCGUGGGAGCUCGUUCUCGGGGAGAAGCAGGCCCCGAUCAGCUCCGGGUUUGCGCUUUACCGGGUCACGUUCCCGAUCGAGCCGCUGUAUCGGAAUCCCGUUCUUGCUGAGGUUUUGCAGCAGUCGAAGACGUACUUUUGUACUUUUGCUGGGCCGGAUGCCCACAUCGUCAUCGGGAAGACGGAGACUGAGAUCUGUUGGCUGUUGACUCAUAGAGAUGAGGAAGACUCAGAAGAAAGUUGGUCUAAGACGACGUCGUGCGAUGACGCGCUUAGAUACGUCAAGAACUGGAGCCCCUUCGUCAAAGCUCUCAUCGACGCAACCCCAGACCAUCGGGUCCUAAGCUGGAAGGUCAUGUGGCGAGAUCCUCAGCCCAAAUGGGUGUCUGCCCUGGGCCGCGUGGUCCAGAUUGGCGACGCCGCUCAUCCGUUCCUCCCGACCUCGGGAUCCGGGGCCACCAUGGCGAUGGAAGACGCCAUUACCCUGGCGACCUGCCUCCGGAUUUCCGGUAAAGACGAGACCCCGACCGGUGUGAAGGUUUUCAAUAAGCUCAGAUUUGAGCGUGUCGCUUGUGCCCAGAAGUUGGGCUUCAAGACCCGCGAGGUUCUCCACAAGACUGAUUGGGACUACGUCAAGAAACACCCCGAAAUCAUGAAGAAUAGGCUGGGAGGUUGGCUGUUGAAGCAUGACCCUGAAGAUACAAACGGGGUUCCCGGGUACACUUACAAGCCGUGGACGGUCAAGGAGCUCCUGGACGCUUCGGAUAAGGGGCAACUGGUUGAAGACGAAGGCAACUGGAUGUAG